UUACAGGUUAGCUAAGCUAACUACUCUUUAUAUCCCUGCCGUUUGAAAACGGUAGUCCUUCUUCUUGAUUCACCUGUCUGUGUUGCCGCUAGCCAAUCAGACGCUGGAGUGCAGCGGGGGGCGUGGCUCUGGCUGGAGAAGAUGCGCUUCCUGUUGCUGUUCAGCCGUCAGGGGAAGCUGCGACUGCAGAAAUGGUUCACCCCAGUGACAGACCGGGAGAAGAAGAAGGUGAUCCGGGACAUGAUGAUGCUGGUGUUGGCACUUCCACCUCGCUCCUGCAACUUCCUCCAUUGGCGGGACCUCAAGGUUGUUUACAAGAGGUAUGCCAGCCUGUACUUCUGCACCGGUCUGGAGAACCAGGAUAAUGAGCUGCUGACCCUCGAAGUGCUGCACAGAUACGUCGAGUUGUUGGAUAAAUACUUUGGCAACGUGUGUGAGUUGGACAUCAUUUUCAACUUUGAGAAGGCUUACUUCAUCCUGGACGAGUUCCUGAUGGGAGGAGAAGUUCUAGAAACAUCCAAAGUAGCCGUGAGUGUGUCUGUGGAGGAGGCUGACACACUCCAAGAGACGAUGGAGGAAUACAUGAGCAAACCUGCCUACUGAGCUACGCGAGCACGAGGACGUCUCAAAAGGUUUAUUACUCCGCAUCGUUUCUGUUUCAUGACUUAUGAUGACUCAUUUGGAACAAUGCUGCAAUAACCUCAAUGUUUCCACGUAGUUUUUAAUACUUGUUUGGAUCUUUAAGUGCCCUUUAAGCCUCAUAUUUAUCAAUCUCAGGGUUUUAUGACUGAAAGGAGUCUGUUUCUCCCCAGUUUAUUUCAAUGUGUUUUUUGUUUUGUUGAUUCAAACGAAUGCAUUGUGUGUUGGUGAGGAAAUGAAGAAACACUACACAGUAAGGAAAAAAUAAAGUCAAUGCUUUAUUAACUUCAGGUAUGUCACAUAUGACCACAUUUACAAAAAACAAAUGAGAAUAAAAAAAAAUACCCACAAGUGAAUCUAUGGGAUCCAACACUGAUUGGCUGUGUGUGUGUGCAUUGAAAGGCUGGUGAGUCACAUGUACUGGUUGUUUAGUGUUGUUGAGCAACAAACUCAUUAAAAAAAGCAUCAAAUGAAUGUCUAUCCACUCAUAUUUCUGCUAAUAAAUAGGAACUUUUUGUAAACCAACAGAAUAACUCGUGUUUUAUUCUUCAAAAUACUUUAUUUCCACCCACCACCAAAACAUUAUGUAUACUAUAUAUAUAUAUAUGUGUAUCUUUAGCUUUCUUUAUAUUCACUGGCCCGUUUCGGCAUCACUCUCUUCAGUUUCUGGGUUGAGGGAGCUCAGCAGCUUCAUCACCGCCUCGUUAUCAAAGCCUUGCAUUUGCGUUUCGCCGCCCCUCUCCUCGCCCUCCGACUGUCUCUUUUCAUUCAGGCUUUUGUCUGAGUCCGUUUGAUCGAAAUACGCCUGCAUGGCCCGCUCAAAAGAUCCCGUGGCGCCCUGCCCGACCUCGUCCCGCUUCUGGCUCGCCUUGUUGCCCCGGUACGUGGGCCUCGGGUACCGCGCCAGCAUCUGAGCCGCCAGAUACGCCGCCAGCUCGUCCUCGUCCACGGUGUCAUCGUAGUCGUCGUUCGACGUGCUGGGAGGGGGGCGCCGCUGCGUGGGAGCGGAUGCCCCCGAACGCCCCGCGGGCAGAGCGUGAAGUCGUGACGGCGAGCUUUUGUACUGCUUCUGCAUCCUGACGGGAGCUCGGUCCUCUGCGGCCCCCAACCCCAGGAUGUUCAGUAUCUCUUCUGUCCUCCGCUCCUCGGGGGUCUUCUGUCUGUCAGGAAGGCGUCUGCUGUAGAAUUUAGCUUCGGGAAUCUUGUGCGUCGUCUUCUUCGGAGAAAUCUGAGAGAGCUUGUUUUCCGCUCUGGAUAAUCCGCUGCUCUUUCGUGACAUGUCUUGAUUCAUCGUCUCUCCGGUUUUGAGCAUGUCCACCAGGUCCUCGGGUGGGAUCUGGUAUUUUUGGGAGAUCUGAAUGAGCUGGUAGAUGGCCCGCGGGUCUAUGCUGUCUCUGUACUGCGUCUGAGCCACUCUCCU